ACUACAAACAUAAAAUUUGAAUGGUUAUUUUUAUACUAAUAAAAAAGUUUUAAAAUGGUAAAAGUUAAACGUAUGGUUCUCCAUAAAACUCGAAACUGGUUGGAUGGCCCCUGUUUUCUUUGAUAGCUAAAUAUAUUGUGGUUGUGGAACUCCAAGCUUAUUUACUACUGUUGGAUUUUGGCAUCUUAUUUGCUAAUACGUUUAGUAAUUGAACCUCGAUCUACCAGGCCUUAGGGACUUGUAUUUUGAUUUAGUUAAUUUGUCUCUCAAACUGGUGAUGUUCUUUUAUGUGUAUAUACAUGUGAAGAAUUCUUGUGGAAUGAUACUGCCGAAAUGUCCCAGGUGCAUGAAAGUGAAACUCCUGAAGAUAAGGUGGUCGAAAUCUUGUCCAGGUUGCCGCCCAAGUCCCUGAUGAGAUUCAAAUGCGUACACAAAUCAUGGUGCACUAUCAUCAAUAGUCCAAGUUUUGUGGCCAAACACCUCAGCAAUACCGUGGACAACAAAUUCUCAUCCUUCACUUGCAUCCUUUUCAACCGAUCUCAGGUUCAUGUUUUCGCGGACAGGAGUUGGAAAAGAGAUGUUUUCUGGUCUAUGAUUAAUCUUUCCAUUGAAAGUGAUGAGCACAACCUUCAUUAUGAUGUCGAGGACCUAAAUAUACCCUUUCCUAUGGAAGUUCAAGACAAUGUACAGCUCUACGGUUACUGCAAUGGAAUUGUCUGUGUAAUAGUAGGGAAAAAUGUUCUUCUAUGCAAUCCUGCAACAAGGGAAUUCAAGCAACUUCCCGAUUCAUCCCUUCUUCUACCCCUUCCCACGGGAAAAUUCGGAUUGGAAACGCUCUUUAAAGGAUUGGGAUUUGGCUAUGAUUGCAAAACUAAAGAAUAUAAGGUUGUGCGAAUUAUAGAAAAUUGUGAUUGUGAGUAUUCAGAAGGUAAAGAAUCAUAUUAUGAGCGUAUUCUUCUUCCUUACACGGCUGAGGUAUACACCAUGGCUGCUAACUCUUGGAAAGAGAUCAAGAUUGAUACAUCAAGUGAUACUGAUCCGUAUUGCAUUCCCUAUUCUUGUUCAGUGUGCUUGAAGGGAUUAUGUUAUUGGUUUGCAAACGAUAACGGAGAAUACAUAUUUUCAUUUGAUUUAGGUGAUGAGAUAUUUCGUAGAAUAGAAUUGCCUUUUAGGAGAGAAUCCGAUUUUAAUUUUUAUGGUCUUUUUCUGUAUAAUGAAUCCGUCGCUUCUUAUUGCUCUCGUUACGAAGAGGAUUGUAAAUUGCUUGAAAUAUGGGUAAUGGACGACUAUGAUGGAGUGAAGAGUUCAUGGACAAAACUCCUAACCGUUGGACCCUUUAAAGACAUUGAGUCUCCUUCGACAUUUUGGAAAUGUGACGAGGUUCUUAUCCUUUCCUCAUAUGGAAAAGCCACCUCUUAUAAUUCUAGUACCGGAAAUCUCAAGUAUCUUCAUAUUCCUCCUAUUAUCAAUUGGAUGAUAGAUUAUGUGGAAACUAUUGUUCCAGUCAAGUGAAUUGAGGACAAAGUUCCAUUUAAUUUGUAUGCAUGAUAGAAGGGUUGAGUUUUCUUCUUCUAAGUUUUGUUUGUGGCCUUUGUACAUGUUUGCUUAUCAUGGGCUGCCUUCAGUUUUUGGACUUUCAGCAUUUUGUAAUGUUAUUCUAUUUGGAAGUGUAUGAUAAUUUUUUUUUUUUUUUUGAACAAACGAUAUUAUCUACACUAAGAAUGAGGGGUUAGGCUUAACCUCAUAAUAGGCUAACAAUAAUGUGGUUCAAAUUCACCUUUGUU